AUGGAUUUUCCACAGGAGAACAGGGGGAGGCCGCUUUCAACGGACAAUAAGAAUCGCUCCUUAAAUCCAUCACCCUCCCCCCAGCCCCAAUACCACGACAAUCAGGGGCAUCCACUUGGACACGAUCCUGCUGGCUCUGUAUUUCCCGGUUCAAAUACUUUCACCACUGCUAAUGAGCACUUCCCUAUAACCACUCCUUACCUGGCCUCAUCCGCGCAUGAUACCAAUUUUCUCCACUCUACUGGAGCUCAGUCGUCUGAACCACAACCCUUUGGUCAGCCCCAGCCGUACUCCCAAUCUUUCGAGGCAGGUUUCCUCAGCCAGCUCGAGCGUUCGUCUAAUAUCAAAGCCGCUCAAGAGGAGGAAAACUUUUCUAAUCUUUUAAACUCAAACCAACCGCAAUUUGAAGAUUUUCCUAUUUACAAUAAUAACAACCCUACAUCCGAUUUUGACUCAUCUUUCAUGCUUGACCCACAACUUAAUCAGCAGCAACAGCAGCAACAGCAGCAACAUAUAAACCAGUCAGUCAACCCUGCUGACUUGAGCAGAAUGUCAUCUCCACACAACCAGACUCCCCCACUUUUGAUACCACCUGAUUCCCACGCGUCCCCUGGACGCCCAUCAUCGCCCGUCUCCAAUCCCGGUGCCUAUUUUACCCCAGGCCAUUCGCGCCCGGCGUCAUUAGAUCCCGCAAGCGCAGCCUUUCUAACGAGCCAGUCCCAGUCCGAUUGGCAUGGGAUGUUAGGAAAUCCUAUUUACCAGACCCAUCGAAGAGCGCCGUCGGAACAUUCAGAUGUUUCCUCUGUUGCCCCUUCGCCCUAUCUAGGCCAUCACGAUACGUUUGAUGUAGACACAAACAAUCAUUCUCCAUUACUAUUAGCUCAAAAUGACCCGGGCCUGUACGAGAAUGCUCUAGGAAUGGAGGCGUUCUCAAUAUCGGAUCAGGCCCAGCAUCAUGGGAUUAGCCCAGCCCAUAGCCCCUACAUUUCCCCACGUUUGCUACCUCAGCAGCACGGCCCAGAACUCGGACAAGAUGGGUCAUUCCACUUAACCCAACAUGUGAAAAAUCAACUUGGGCCUACCAGCCCUCCCGAUAUGUAUGUUUCCAGGUCUGAGGCUUCGCCAGCACCUGCCACUGCAUUUCAAAGUCAUAAUAGUCCUGGAGAUAUGGGCCAGGCUGCCCAAAUGACGCCCCCUUCUAUCAAUGUCGAAUUUGCACCUCCUUCGCGAACCACGAGUUUUGGUCCAGCAAAACCUGAGACAGAUAUGGACACUCUAAGCCCUCCCGUUGGUCGUUCCCGUGGACGGAGUAAGUCUGAUCCAUUUGGACACGCCGUCACCCGUCCGAUGUCAUCUCCAACCACAGCAGCCCUUGCUCAGGGUGCGAGCUCACCAUCGCGGUCUCUUUCUCCGUUUAACGGCAGCACAGGCAAUCUGAGCACUCCAGCUUCCCGUGAUACAUCUCCAGCAGCAGCGAAGAAUCGCCGCCAGUCGACCUCUUCGAUUGACAGUCGGAACUAUAUCCUGGAUCUUGCAGAUCCUCAGCGGCCGGGUGCCAGUAGUGCUGAUUCUAAGCGUGUGCAAAAACAUCCAGCAACAUUCCAAUGUAGUCUAUGCCCGAAACGAUUUACGAGAGCUUACAAUUUACGCUCUCAUCUCCGCACCCAUACUGAUGAAAGACCUUUCGUGUGUACUGUGUGUGGUAAGGCCUUCGCCCGUCAACAUGACCGGAAGCGGCACGAAUCACUUCACUCGGGGGAAAAGAAGUUCGUUUGUCGUGGAGACCUGGCCCAUGGGGCUCAUUGGGGCUGUGGACGAAGGUUCGCUAGAGCUGAUGCGCUUGGCCGCCAUUUCAGAUCUGAAGCAGGCAGAGUAUGUAUAAAACCUCUGAUGGACGAAGAGGCUCUCGAGCGCGAGCGGACCUACGUAGAUCAACAACAGAUGCACGGCCACUUACAGCCGAUAAGCCAACCAAUGAAUAUACCACCGAUGGACGGUCAGCCGUCCGGCUUCACACUUCCCGCAGCACUCCUCGCACAGUAUCCUGCGCUCCAAACUCUCCAGUGGGACCAGCUUGCACCACAUCCAGACGAUGGGAGCGAUAUUGGCGGAGGUGGAGGAGCUAGGAGUAAUUAUGAUGCUAGUUCUGGCGGGGAGUAUGGGUUUGGCGACGAUGACGAUUCAGGGCUAAAUAGUGGGUAUGUGAGCGGUUCUGGGCAGAAUUUCUCUCAUGCACCGCCGUCGCAAGAUCAGAUGAUGGGUGUUCCGUCUACGGGGAGCGGCUGGGGAUAA